ACUUGCAGCUCCUAAUGUGAGAGAUCAUGCUCUGGUCAUUAUAUGUGCAGAUGGAACAUAUCAUAAAUUUACAUUCAAUUUAGAUGGUCAUGUGAAUCGGGUUACAUUUGAUUACAUCAUGCUUUUAGCUGAUGAACAAGAGUUUUGGUCAAAGCCUUUAUAA